UUUAGAACCAAUAUUGCAGUUUGGAAUUUCCUGUUUUGUCAGAAUUUUUCACACUGAAUUAUCGGGACAAAUACGUCUGUUCGUUUUAGUAGUCUGUGUUUGAUUCAUGUAAAAGGACAUGCAGUCUUGUAUGGAUAACGCUAUAAUGUACGGACUAUUGGCAGUAUGGUAUACAUCACAAACGACGAACGCUCAAAUCCAUCCAGCCUCAAGAAAUCAUGUGAGAUCAAACCAAGACUUACCAACAUUACAAAACUACAGUAAAUUCUUGAAACAAAUUUCCGAAACUUCAGCUGCCAUUAAGCAUGAGAAAGAAAGUUGUCUAAUCAAAGGUUUGAAAAAAUUUACAGAACGUAUUCAAAUGGACCACAUUGGACAACUUCCUUGGUCCUGCGAUUGCAGAUAUUUCUGGAGAGAUUUAGGGGACGGAUACAACCCUAGAUUUGUCCGGGAUGGCGCGUGCCAUAAUAGCACGUGCUGGUUUGGACACUUUGAGUGUGCGCCACAGAAAUAUGCACUAAAUGUUCUCAGACGAUCAGAUGCUCUGGAAGACCAACUGGACUAUUCCGCGCAACUUUCAAAUAACUAUGCUUUCGUGGCAGUUAACAUUACUGUAAACUGUCUUUGUAUGAGAUCUUCAAGAAAUGGAUGAAAGACUUUCAACUUUUCCAGAUUAUGACAAAUGAUCGCGACGUUACAAGUAUGCACUUGCGACCAGCCUGAACAGAAAACAUAGCAUGCAUUUAAAUUAUGUUUCACUAAGUUAUGUCAAACCUUAAGAUGAAAAAAAAAUACAUACGGGGUUGUUUUAUAUAUUAUCUAGACUGCAUGAAAUGUACCAUUUAAUAAAAUGUAGCGAAGAUCAUCUUUAUACUCGUAGGUAAUUAUUUGUUUUAAACUGGUGAAACAUUA